AUGCACUCAGGCGUGGAGUUAAAGAGAGCCAUCUCUGCCAGCAUGGAGCCAGAGAAACCAAUGAGACGCUACGGGGCAGUGGAGGAGACUGAGUGGAAAGCUGAGGGGCUGGGGAGAAAUCAACUUGACAUCAUCUCAAUGGCUGAAACAACAAUGAUGCCUGAGGAAAUCGAAUUGGAGAUGGCAAAGAUCCAGAGGCUUCGGGAAGUCUUAGUCAGAAGAGAAUCAGAGCUCAGGUUUAUGAUGGAUGACAUCCAGCUGUGCAAGGACAUCAUGAACCUUAAACAGGAGCUGCAGAAUUUAGUAGCAAUUCCAGAAAAAGAAAAAACAAAAAUGCAGAAACAAAGAGAGGACGAAUUGAUUCAGAAGAUCCAUAAACUGGUGCAAAAAAGAGAUUUUCUUGUAGAUGAUGCAGAGGUGGAGAGAUUAAGAGAGCAAGAGGAAGACAAGGAGAUGUCUGAAUUCCUGCGGAUCAAAUUAAAACCCUUAGACAAAGUAACACGAUCUCCUGCCAGUACCCCAGCAGAAAAGAAGGCAGAACCUCCUCCAAGCAAGCCCACCGUCGCCAAAGCAGGAAUAGCUAUUAUUAAAGAUUGUUGUGGGGCCACGCAAUGCAACAUCAUGUAG